UCCUGCGUAAUGAUGAUCAAUCAGAAGGUUUCAGACUACAUAGUUUAUACAACAACAACCUGAGAUCAGAGUGUUCAGGAAUUUGUCUGGCACACUUAUGUACUUUGUGUUUUGAUAUACUUUUGUGGCUCCCGAGGACCCCUAGUGGACUUUUUAUAGAAACAAGAAGGAAGCUCAAUGGUUCAUACCAGAGGCAGCAGUGCGGCUCCACUGAGAAUAAACUGUGCGUCGCAGGAUCAAGCGUUUAAUCGGACACAGGAGUAAAAGAAAUGUCGUUUUUUUCACAGAUAACUUAUUUUGGAUCGACUUCUUGAAAUGUAUCCGACCACAGAAUAUGAUCAGUCUCCGCUGCAUUGAUUUAUAAGAAUUGACAAAGGAGAAACGAAGUGAAGCCACCAUGAGCUCAGGCAUGCACAAGCCACCUGUGGCCCCAAAACCAAAGCUGGCCCUGCCCCAGAGGCCAACUCUGUCUACCUCAACCCCGAGAAGAGAGGGCCCCUCGCUUCCUUCCCCUUGCACACCGAGGAGGGUUAAACCAGCACUGGCCCCCAAACCUUGCCUCUCCAAACUCAUCACUGCCGCAGAUUCUCAACGUGUCGCUUCAAAGAGUCUUCACCAAACAUCUGUAACAGAAACCCAGAAGACCGAAGGUCUUUUUAACACUCAAAAUGGAAUACAGCAAGAGAACAAAAAGCCAGACUGGGAUUAUAUUAUUCCUAUUUGUCUGUGUAGUAAUGAAAACUGCGUGUGCGUCAAGAACACAGACUUGAAAAUGCUGCACAAGGGUAAAACUGAAGAAAACACAAAGCUUCCCCCUACAUCUCAAGGUACUGUGGAUAACGGAGGAGAGAAAAUGAUCACUGCUCUCACUAAUACCCACCUCACAAACCAUACGCCUCUCCAAGAAACGUUACCUUUAGACAAACAUCUCAACGCAAACAUGAAUACGGUGACUGGUAGGCCGUCCCUUCCUCACCGAACAUGGAGUGAUGAGGCAAAUGGUAACGUAGUACCUCAGAGUGCACCUGGGCAAGAACAAAAGGAAGAUGCUCUUGGCUCCGAACAUGUGUCUUGUGUGCUCCAACGCAAACCAGUUCCAGGUAUCCCCAGGAAGCCCGUCCCUGUCCCUGUACCACGGAAACCCAGGAUGGCUGUGCUUGUCCGUCAGGAAAAGGUGGAGGAAGAUAGGGAAAAGAUUGUAAGCCAGGAUGGGAGGGAUAUGAACGUCAAAGAGGUGAAGGUGUCAUCGGAGGGGAAGGGCAGCUCAUCAUUGUCUGUUAGCGUACCUGUUGAAAAGCAAACAAUUUUUCUGUCUGCGAGAAAAGCCUGUCCUAUGCCAGCCCCUCCGCCCAGGAAAAAGCCUUUUCUAUCUGCACCUGAAAAAGCUCCGACCUCUGCUCCACAGACACUCCCAGAGGAUGUGGAGGAGGAAGACCUGGGUUUGGAUAGCAGCAUCCACGACAUGGAGGUAUCAGUUGAUAAAGAGGAUGAAGAGGUGGAGAAGGAGAAGGAAGGAAGACAUGAUCAGGAGGAAGUCUACACUGACUUCACACAUAGUACUCCAAGCUCACUCAAUCAGUCAGAGCUCAGCCAGCCUCCUGCCAUCAGUGCGGUAGCUGAGGAUGCGGUGGUCAAGGUAACUCCGAAAAAGCCCGAGAGACACAGCAGCCCGAUGGCUUGGAUGCAGAAGAGCGAAUCCUCUGAGGAGACAGAAGAAGGGGACAAAGAAAAAAGACAUACCUUUCCUCUAAAAGAUUGUGUUUUGAGGGAGCUUCCUUCGCCUCCAGCCGAAAAAACAAGCAGAAAAAUCUUUGGAGGCAUCAAGCCUUCACGGCCCAGUCUAGGCAAACAGAGAGCCAAGUCGUUCUCAGGUGCUGACCUCCUUCGCUCUGAAGGACAGAAGAGAAACUCUUUUCGGAAGCUGCUGGACUUGAAGCUCUCGGUGAAAAUACUUCCUAAGCUGAUAGUAAAAGGAAGCCAGAGCUCAGAGUGUGUUGCGAAUGAUAAUGAACAAAGUGUGGACAGGGACCAAGAUGGAUGUCAGGAGUAUUUCAAGCCUGAACGUAAAUUCUCCUGCCCGCUGAUUGGGGUGGAGCAAAGCGUGGACGGAGAUGAGUUUUCUUUUGGAGGAGAAGAUGAUAUUUACUAUGAGAACAUCCCUCAUUAUGAGGAGAUACCAGACUACAUAAAUGUGCAUGUGGGAGAGGCAGUGACACCCCCUCGGGCCUCUUUCACGGAGCCAUCAACCUGGCAGAGCACAAUGUAUAAUGAUGAGGGCAUUUACGAGGAGCAGGAGCCAUAUAUGUCCUUUGAGAGAAACACUGGACACGCACAGUGUCAGACACCAACAGACUGUGACAGGAGCUCUGUCGACGAGGAGGUGGCACCUCUGGAUGAUGGUGUCUCAGAUGAUGAUGUAUUGGCCAACACCUCAGAUGAGGAGAACGACAGCAGCUCCAUUUCAAGUAAAGGCGACCCUGAGCAGCCAGAGGAGAGUCAGACGAAGAGUGGACAAAAGAAGAGCAAGAUUCACCACAUCGCCACAGAGAUUAUGACCUCUGAGAGUGUGUUUGUAGAUGUCCUGAAGUUGCUUCAUGUUGACUUUCGUGAUGCAGUGUCCAAAGCGUCUGCUCAGAGUGGGAAGCCUGUGAUUGAGGAGCGAGUCCUAAACCAGAUCCUGUACUCCCUUCCACAACUCUAUGAACUCAAUGAAAACCUGCUCAAAGAGCUGAAGGAGAGAGUGGCCAAAUGGGAGGAGAAUGCCCAGGUAGCAGACAUUUUCCUGAAGAAGGGGCCCUAUCUAAAGAUGUACUCCACUUACAUCCGUGAGUUCGACAGGAAUGUGGCUCUACUGGAAGAGCAGACUAAGAGGAACCCGGCAUUUGGUGCAGUGGUACGGGAAUUUGAGGCCAGUCCACGCUGUGCCAACUUGGCUCUAAAACAUUACUUACUGAAGCCUGUUCAGAGGAUUCCUCAGUAUCAGCUGCUGCUCACAGACUAUCUUAAAAACCUUUCUGGAGACUCAGACGAUUACAAAGACACACAAGAUGCCCUUGUAAUAGUAAAAGAGGUGGCCAAUCAUGCCAACGACAUCAUGAAACAAGGGGAUAAUUUUCAGAAGCUGAUCCAGGUGCAGUGCAGUCUGAAUGGCCACCAUGAGAUAGUCCAACCUGGCCGGAUCUUCCUGAAAGAGGGUAUUUUAAAGAAGCUGUCUAGGAAGGUCAUGCAGCCCAGGAUGUUCUUCCUGUUUAACGACACAUUGCUGUACACCACCCCUGUUCAGUCAGGCCAGUACAAGUUAAACAACAUGCUGUCUCUGGCUGGGAUGAAGGUUAGCAAACCAAGCCAAGAGGCCUAUCAGAAUGAGCUGAACAUUGAGAGCGUGGAGCGCUCCUUCAUUCUCUCAGCGAGUUCAGCCACAGAGCGAGAUGAAUGGCUUGAGGCCAUAUCCAGCGCGAUCAGUGACUACACCAGAAAGAAGAUCAGUUUCAUACCUGGCAAAUCUCUCGAAGAGGCAGAGCAGGGUGAUUGUGGGGAUGGAGCUCCUUUGGGAUCCAAAGCCCCUAUAUGGAUUCCUGACCCACGGACCACCAUGUGUAUGAUCUGCACCUGUGAGUUCACCCUAACAUGGAGGCGACACCACUGUCGUGCAUGUGGAAAGGUGGUGUGCCAGUCUUGUUCCUCCAACAAACACUGCCUUGAAUACCUAAAGAACCAGUUAGCACGAGUGUGUGACCAGUGUUACCCUGUUCUUCAGCAACAGAAAAGUAAGCAAGCCCUAUCAGCAGGUGUAUCCCCUGGGAACAAAGCUACCUUUGCUUUCUCAAGGAAGCAUAAGAAGAUACCUGCAGCACUCAAAGAGGUGUCAGCGAACACAGACUCUUCAAUGAGCGGCUAUCUGCAGAGGUCAAAGGCCAAUAAGAAGCAGGGGAAGAGAUUGUGGUUUGUCAUCAAAGACAAGGUCCUGUACACGUACGCUGCAAGUGAGGAUGUCGCAGCCUUAGAGAGUCAACCCCUCUUAGGGUUCGUGUUGAAAGUUGAUCCAUUACAGAAGAUGCAGCUUAAGCUUUACCACAAAAACACACUUUACUACAUUUUUAAAGCUGAUGACGUCCAAACAGCACAGAGAUGGAUCGAGUCAUUCAAAGAAGCCACAGUACUUUAACGCUGACUAUCAACACUUUUUUUUUCUUUUUUACCUCAGUGCUCUCUGAAUUCUGCAUCUGGAGACACCUUGUUAGUUGCACUAAAACAAAAUCCAAAUAUAUUAUUUUACUGCUUUCAUCAGACAUACUGAUGUUACCUUUUACAUUGUUUUAAGAGCACUCCCCUUCUGGCAGAAUCAUGCCACAAUCAUCUGUAGCUUAUUUAGAUGGUUAUGCUUUAAUUUUUAUCACUUUUUAUUUUUUUCAGUAACCUGCUUGUAUCUCUGUAGUUUUACAAUGAAUACUAUCAUAAUAUUUUGAUCUACAUUUACCAGUUUACUUGCAGAGGUCAAAGCAAAUCAUAUUUCUAGUUGUUUGGGAAUAAUUACUUUAUGUCAAACUAGUGAAGUUGGCUGCAGAAGACACAAUGUGCACUCUUCAUGCUUGUGUAACACAUACCACGUUUUAAGCUUUUAUGUAAUUUUGGAGACUAACUUAGUUUAAUGGUGUAUUGGGGGAAUAUUCACUGUUUAACCAUAACUGUACCAUAAUGUGUAUUGCACUUAAGUAACUCAAAUAGUUGUACUGUACAUAUAUCAUAUCCAUAUACAAACAUCCUCUGUAAAUAUAGAUAAUUGUAAAUUAAAUGUACUCGAAUUUC